AUUUUUCAAGUGCCCACUUUGCCCCACAUUCCCAUAGUGUUCUCUUAUUAGGCAAACAUCAAGGAAAUAUUGACUUAAAAACGUUUUAAUGUUUACAAGUUCAUCGUUUAAUGGAAAUGAAUUAUUUUUUAAUCGACUGUACGACACACCGUAGCUUAUGACGUGUAGUUUGAUGUCUGCGUACGUUUUUGUUAUCAUAGUUGUUAUUGACCACUUCUCAGCAAUUUUCACCAUUCAAGACUAAAGUAGUUUAUCCAUUUUUUUCUCAAAUCAAGAAAACUUGUUAAUGUUUCUUAGAAUAUAUGUUUAUACAACGACGAAAAACCUUUUUUAGAAAAAAAAAUUCUUUACUGAUCAUUGAAAUUCUUGACAAAACAACAAAACCUCAUUCUUUUAGCAUUUACCGUUGAAAUCAAAGGUUAAACUUGUGACCUUCGUUCAUCAAAAUUAAUUGCAUAUUUCAUUUCAAUUGUUCUAUUGUCGAUUAUUGUCGAUACUGAAAAUCGUAAGAAACAAUAUUUCAAUCGAGACGAUAUGUGAAUGAACAACGGUUCAACCAUUAGUUUCUGAAAAGUCAUAGUGGAAUAAAAAGAAUGGAAAUUCUUCUGGAAUAAAAAGAUUGUGGUCUGUGGGACGAGAAAAAAUUUUGAUAAUUUCGAUUCAUAACCCACAUGACUAUUAUCGCUGAACAUCUGCUCUUCUCCUAGAACGAUUCUUAUCGAACACUUGUACAAAUUCGAAAGAAGAUCGAUAAAUAUGUAUUUUUGAAGAAAUAAUGUGGCAUUAACGUUCAAGGUAAAAGCUGAAGCCAAAACGAGAGAGUUGCUUGAGAAAUUGCAAGAAAAUGUCUAGCUACUUUAUUUCAGUAACUUUUUUUAUUUUUACAUAUUUAUGAAAGCAAAAAAAAUGGCAACGAUUAUUCGAAAAAGAAAAUUUGUAUUAUAAUACUAAAGUAAAACUGUCGGUACUGAGAAUAGUGAAUAAAAGAAGAGCUGAGAAGUAGUAUACCGGAAUCGAGGUUCAACGGCUUAGUGUUUUUGAACGAUGAUAGUUGAGUGAGCACGUGCAAGGCUUCUAGUGUCAAUUGAGUCCUCGUCGAUCUCGUGACCAAUUUACUAGAUACGAGAGCGAGGAAGAUAUACAAGAGAAAAAAGGGUAGACCAAACUGGCCGAGGUAUAAUUUUAGAAGAGCUUGAAGUUAAGACUACGAGCCUUCUGAUUACUCGAACGAGAAUCUCCUCUUCGUCGAGUCCAUUGUCACGAUAAUGAUCACAUUGAUUUUACUCUCGAUCGUUGUUAGUCUGUUGGCGUUAAUCGUCGAAUCGAGACUACGGAAGCAUAGGCUCGUGCCACCCGGACCUUUCAAAUGGCCUCUCAUCGGAAAUUUUCGUUCAUUUCGAAAACUGAGUCGUCAGUGUCGUGGGCAACACCGCGCAUUCCUCGAGCUCUCCCGACGCUAUUCAAGCAAUCUCAUAUCACUUCGUCUCGGUGAAUUAAAUAUAAUUGCUGUAUCGGGUUACAAGGACAUACACAAGAUUCUUGGUUCCGAAGAGUUCGACGGUAGACCGUGGAACGAAUUCUCCAAAAUGAGGAACAUGGGGCUCAGAAAAGGUAUUACCAUGGCUGACGGACCCGAGUGGAAAAAAGUUCGUGCUUGGCUCGUUAGAUCAUUGCGGCAAGUAGGAUUUGGACGUGCCGAGAUGUCAGCCCACUUGUGCGAAGAAUUGGAAUCGAUUUUCGCGAAAAUAAAGGAUGGAGGCAUUUUUUGCAUGAGAUCUCUCAUAUCAGCCGCUGCGGUUAAUGUCAUUUGGAUCUUGGCUACUGGCAAAAGAAUAACGGAUGAGAAGAAACUGCAGCAUUUCCUCAAGCUAAUGGAACGACGAGCCAAGGCUUUCGACAUGGCUGGAGGAACAUUAUCGGUAUUCCCUUGGAUCCGACACAUAGCUCCCGAAGCUUCAGGCUAUAAGCUUCUCGUAACAUUGAACAAUGAGAUAAGGAGUCUGUUGAUGGAAGUGAUCGAGGAACACAAAAAGAAUUAUUCACCGGACGGAACUGCUAGAGAUUUGAUCGAUAUGUUUUUGGAAGAAAUGUAUAACGAAAAAGCAGAAAAAUCACCGAUCUUCGAUGAGGAUCAGCUGUUCCUCAUAUUGUUGGAUUUGUUGAUCGCCGGUUCGGUGACGACAGCAGCGACUCUCGAUUUCCUCUUUCUUCGGAUGGCGGUCCACCAGGAAAUCCAGCAUCGGUUGUACGAAGAGCUCGAACUCGUUGUCGGACGCGAUCGUCUUCCGGAACUGAAGGAUCGACCAAAACUGCCAUACACCGAAGCUGUGAUGGCCGAAUCUCAACGGAUCCAAAUGGUCGUACCAAUCAUUGGACCCAGACGUGUCAUGCGCGAAACCAGCAUCGCAGGUUACAGAAUACCUCGUAAUUUUUCUGUGCUUCUUAAUGUUUGGAGCAUUCACAUGAACCCGGAAUAUUAUCCAGAUCCAGAAUCGUUCCAACCAGAAAGAUUCCUCAAAAAUGGUUCAUACGUUCCUGAUGAGAAACUCAUUUUUUUCGGGGGAGGACACAGAAGAUGUCCCGGCGAGGCGGAUGCCAGAUCAACUGUUUUUUUAUUCUUGGUCAGUAUUAUACAGAAAUUCCAUAUAUUACCGAAGCCAGGACAAGGACCACUGGACGUCGAGCCCACUUCUGGUAUUACGAUAUCACCGAAACCGUACGAAGUUUUACUCGUUCCUCGAUAACGAAUUCAUGAAUUCUAACUAAAAAUUUACUUACCAUCUGAGUUAUCAACUUAGUGAGCUCUAACGAAAGCAUAUGAUUCAUUGAAUUAAUGGAAAUCUCUGAAUAAACAAUUAUACCAAUUUA